GGAUUUUCCGUUCCCCUCCUUCCUCCCCGACCCCCCUCAAGCACUCGUGUCUAGCGCCGAGCGCAUACGACUGGGAUGUCUACCGCGGCUUCAGCACCCGCCCCAGCGGCGCGGAUCACGCCUCUCCCUGUGGACAAGGCUCAGGACUCGAAGGAGUUUCCGAAGCCGGUCGUGCCUACCGAUACUCCGGCCGACAUCAACAUUCCCGACAACUACGUGGCAUACACUCUGAGGAACCAGAAGCCACUCCCUCCCGUCACCUGGGCCAACUGGUACAAGGAGCUCGAGUGGAUUUCGGUCCUCGUCCUCACCCUCGUGCCGGCGAUGACCAUAUACGGUGCCCUGUACGUCCCCCUCCAGACGAAGACAGCCAUCUUCGCGGUGCUCUAUUACUUCGUCACUGGACUCGGCAUCACCGCGGGUUACCACCGCCUAUGGGCCCAUCGCUCUUACAACGCGUCCCUUCCCCUCCAGUACGCGCUUGCGCUUGCGGGUUCCGGUGCAGUCGAGGGUUCCAUCAAAUGGUGGUCGCGCGGCCAUCGCGCGCACCACCGCUACACCGACACCGAUCUUGACCCGUACAACGCCCACCGCGGCUUCUUCUGGUCGCAUAUCGGCUGGAUGCUCAUCAAGCCGCGGCGCAAGCCCGGCGUCGCCGACAUUUCCGAUCUGAGCAAGAACCCCGUCGUGCGAUGGCAGCACAAGCACUACGUGAAGCUGAUCAUCGUCAUGGGUUUCCUCGUUCCGACGAUCAUCCCCGGCCUGCUCUGGGGCGACUUCAUCGGCGGCUACUUCUUCGCGGGCGCCGCACGGCUGCUCUUCGUCCACCACAGCACCUUCUGCGUCAACUCGCUCGCUCACUGGCUCGGCGAGACGCCGUUCGACGACAAGCAUACCCCGCGGGACCACAUGAUUACCGCGUUCGUCACCAUCGGCGAGGGCUACCACAACUUCCACCACCAGUUCCCGAUGGACUACCGGAACGCGAUCAAGUGGUACCAGUACGACCCCACGAAGUGGUUCAUCUGGGUCUGCCACAAGCUCGGGCUCGCGAGCCACCUCAAGCAGUUCCCGGACAACGAAGUGCGCAAGGGGCAGCUGACGAUGCAGCUCAAGCGCCUGCGCGAGGUGCAGGAGACGAUUACGUGGGCGGCGCCGGAAACCGAUCUGCCUGUGAUCAGCUGGGAAAGUUUCCAGGACCAAGCGGCGAAGCGGCCGCUCAUUCUCAUCGCCGGCUUCAUCCACGACCUCAGCGAUUUCAUGGACGAGCACCCCGGUGGACGGCACCUCAUCGUCAAGUACAUCGGCAAGGAUGCCACCACGGCGUUCUUCGGCGGCGUGUACGACCAUUCGAACGCGGCGCAUAACUUGCUCUCGAUGAAGCGCGUCGGCAUCCUCCACGGCGGCCACCCACACGGCCUCGACGAGAAGACUAUCCCGCCCGCCCAACGGCUGCGCAUCGCGCGGUACAGCGAGAUGGGCAACUACUCGUCCAGCGCGCUUUCCGACGGCGAGGCGGGUCUCCUCGGAUAGAGGGGGACUCGUACUCAUGUCGUCGUCGUGUGUCGUUGUGUGCUUUUCUGAUGCUUUCUGUGUUUCAAUCCGGGACUACCGCUCGCGCAAUUGUAGAUAUAGUUAAUGAGACAAUAUAGGUGGUAAAGGGUAGGUGACGUCGCGUCGCGUCGUGCGGCGUUCGCGUUGUAGAGGGGAGUCGUUUAUAGACAGACGGUAGCGAUCCAAUACGAAUUUUUAUGCCUUUGCAUUCAGC